AUGCAACUUUCAUGGAAGGAUAUCCCACCGGUUCCUACAUCUAACGAUAUGUUAGAUAUAGUAUUGAAUCGUACUCAAAGAAAAACUCCAACAGUUAUCAGACCAGGUUUUAAAAUUACUCGUAUUCGUGCAUUUUAUAUGAGAAAAGUUAAAUUUACUGCUGAAGGAUUUACUGAAAAAUUUACUGAUUUAUUACUGGGAUUUCCAAAUAUUAAUGAUGUUCAUCCAUUUCAUCGUGAUUUAAUGGAUACUUUAUAUGAAAAGAAUCAUUAUAAAGUUUCUCUUGCUGCUGUUUCAAAAGCUAAAACUUUGAUUGAACAAGUUUCUAGAGAUUAUAAUAGAUUAUUGAAAUUUGGUCAAUCUUUAUAUCAAUGUAAACAAUUGAAAAGAGCUGCUUUAGGUAGAAUGGCUACUAUUGUUAAAAAAUUAAAGGAUCCUUUGGUUUAUUUAGAACAAGUUAGACAACAUUUGGGUAGAUUGCCAAGUAUUGAUCCAAAUACUAGAACUUUAUUGAUUUGUGGUUAUCCAAAUGUUGGUAAAUCUUCAUUUUUAAGAUGUAUUACUAAAGCUGAUGUUGAUGUUCAACCUUAUGCUUUUACUACUAAAUCUUUAUAUGUUGGUCAUUUUGAUUAUAAAUAUUUAAGAUUUCAAGCUAUUGAUACUCCAGGUAUUUUGGAUCGUCCAACUGAAGAAAUGAAUAAUAUUGAAAUGCAAUCUAUUUAUGCUAUUGCUCAUUUAAGAUCUUGUGUUUUAUAUUUUAUGGAUCUUUCCGAACAAUGUGGGUUCUCUAUUGAAGCUCAAGUUAAAUUAUUUCAUUCUAUUAAACCUUUAUUUGCUAAUAAAUCCGUUAUGGUUGUUAUGAAUAAAUCUGAUAUUAUUAAAGCAGAAAAUUUAAGUGAAGAAAAACAAGAAUUGUUGAAAACUUUAACUACUGUUCCAGGGGUUGAAAUCAUGAAUGCUUCUUGUCAUGAAGAAGAAAAUGUCAUGCAAGUUCGUAAUCAUGCUUGUGAAAAAUUAUUGACUGCUAGAAUUGAACAAAAAUUGAAAGGUACUGCUAGAGUUAAUAAUGUUUUGAACAAAAUUCAUGUUGCUAAACCACAACAACGUGAUGAUGUUGAAAGAUUACCACAUAUUCCAGAUGCUGUUAAGACUUUAUCCAAAUAUGAUGUUAAUGAUCCAAACAGAAGAAAAUUGGCCAGAGAUAUCGAAGCUGAAAAUGGUGGUGCUGGUGUUUUCAACAUUAACUUGAAAGAUAAAUACUUGUUGGAAGAUGAAGAAUGGAAGAAUGAUGUUAUGCCAGAAGUUUUGGAUGGUAAGAAUGUUUAUGAUUAUUUGGAUCCAGAUAUUGCUGCUAAAUUGCAAGCUUUGGAAGAAGAAGAAGAAAGAUUAGAACAAGAAGGUUUCUAUGAUUCUGAUUCUGAUAUUGAAGAUGAAGAAACUGCUGAUAUCAGAGAAAAAGCCGAAUGGAUUAGAAAUAAACAAAAGACUAUGAUUAUUGAAGGUAGAAACAGAAAAUCUUUGAAGAACAAAGCUAUUAUGCCAAGAGAUCAAAUCAAGAAAACUUAUAAUGAUAUGGAAGAACAUAUGUAUAACAUUGGUCAUGAUACCGAUAAAUUGAGACGUACCCUUGGUAAAGAAAAAUCAUCUAAAGCUAUGUCUGGUGUUGAUAUUUUGAGAAAAAAUCAAGGUAUUAAAGCUAGUAAAUUGGCCAAGAAGAAAUUUGCUGCUUCUCAAACUGAUCGUCUUAAUGAUGGUGUUAAUGAUGGUGCUAUGAGAUCACAAGCUGAAAGAUUGGCUAAAAUGCAAAGAAGAGAAAGAAAUAGAAUGGCUAGACAAGGUGAAGGUGAUCGUCAUUCUACUGCUGCUUUACCAAAACAUUUGUUCAGUGGUAAAAGAGGUAUUGGUUCAACUGAUAGACGUUAG